CUAUGAACUAGCGAGGAGUGAACGAGCAAUCCAUCCAUGAUCCAUCGGGGAUUCUUGCAUCGAGGACGCGCGCCCAAAAAGACGUCUCGAAGCUCAAAUGUUUUGAUUUCCAACACUUUGGCCAGUUCAAAGUGAGCGAGUGCCUUGGUCGGUUCCGUGUCAAACUUGGUCGAGGCUUCUUGAUUACUGUUUCUUUUUCUAGUGCCAGGUGACUGCUGUUAGAAAAAUGAGCAAUACAUACAUAGUAUGAAAUGUGUCUUUAGAAGUGAGUGCCGGUGGUUGGUUAGUCGUUGUUUAUGAAGAAUGAGGCUCCGAGGACUUCGGGUUUGUCUGGUUGUGUGAGGUGUGUGUUCAUGGGCUAUGUGAAAGGACAUGCAUCUGAAAGGAUUCCGGGUCAAUAGACGUCCUAAAGCAAACUGCAAUCGAACAUGGCACGGUCAGAGCCAGGCAGUUUGGCGGCCAGAUCCGACCUCAAGAACAAGCUGACCUUCUUUCGAAGAAAAUCCAGAAGAAAGGCCAGUCAGGCGGAGAGUGUUGGUGAAGUGACCAUCGAGAUCGAAGAUGAUUCAAAAUCGGGCUUGCCCGCCCCAUCGAAGGCAUCCCCAUCGGUGGAUUGUGAAUCCGGACCAUCCUCAACCUCGCCGACUCUUACCAUGUCCCCCAUGUCCAGUCCGAUCGCUCAGGGAAGUACGACCAGUCACAGUCCUCACACUCAAGCAGGUGAUGGCAGUUAUCGACACAGCCCUCAAAGUCAGACCAAAACGGAUGAGGCAAAUUCCACCAUCUCUAUCAAGACUGAAGAAACCAAGCCCGACCCGAUGCCGCGCUUCGAUCCGGAGAAUGCAAAUCAGAGAUCCCUCGUGGCCAUUGCCACGACCUCAGAUCCAGGAACGAUACCAACACCAUCGCCAAAGCCCAAGGUGGUUAUGAGAAAACCCAGGUCAUCCCCCCAGUCAAGUGAUAGUCUCAAAUUCCAGCGCGAGAAAUUCAAACGCUACUCGAUCUCUCGAUUCCAGGCGAGAAAUUCCAACAAUGAAGCAGGGAAGCUUUUAAAACUGGCCCUGGAUAGGCAUUUCGAUGAGAAAUUGGAUGUCGCCGCCCAAUUCGCACCUGACUUGGAUAACUACGUGAGUGAAGUUUUCCUUCAACUCGAUUACCACCAUUGCGGAACCAUAUCAAAGGAGGAUUUUGAGACUCUGUGCGAGGUCUUGCAAAUCACGAUCAGCCCACCAGCGUCAUAUCGGAAUAGUGGGAUUGAAUGGUUGUCGUCUUAUCGACCAAGGGCCAACUCUCCAAUCUCGCCCAUCCGUGUUGAUAAGUUGAGUGAAGUCAAGUACAGUCAUUCGAACGGGAAGAAAUCCAACUUGCCGGCCGAGCCCUCGCCUAAUUUUUUGUUCACAAUUGGUCCCAGACCUUUUUGGGAGUUAUGGCCGCAGAAGAAGCGCAAAAAGAAGCGUUUCACAAUCGAUGAGUUCAAGAAGUGCUUGUUGGAGCAAUGGGCAAAAAGCAUGGGUUAUCCUCUGAGUAAGGUCUCUUCAGCCCUCCCUGUGUCACCCAGUCAUUCUUCACAAGAGAAACCUCCAUCACCCUCAUCAUCAUCAUCACCAGAUGCCAUAGAAACCAUUGAAGACAGAAACGGUCACCAUGUCAAUGGAGGGAGUCAAGUGCACCACCACAUGAACCUUAAUGAGACCCGAACCCGACGACUUAUGCGCUCGGUGGUGCGAGUAACCAAGCGAUAUCAGAUGCUAGACAAAAUCUCUAAACGAUUGCAAAGACAAUGGAGCGAUGAGCAUGUCACCGAUCAGAAAGCCCCCAUGGCCAACGGAGUGAACGGAAUGAGCCAGAACAACAACAUUCAGGCGAAGCCGUGCCCGGUUCAUCAGACUUCAUCACCGUCAUCACCGACAGUUAUUGACAGGAGUCGAACCAAUGGCACGCGACAUAAUCCAAAUAGACAGGGGUCAACAUUAGCUCCAUCCACAGUGUCACAUGGCACCAGCUGUUCCAGUCAUUGCUACACCAAUGGGGUUGCCCUCCAAAGAGUCAAAUCCCGACAGAGUUGGCGAAACAGUCGCAGUGGCGGCGGGGCACGCGUGGUGAACUUGGAGAAGCAGGUGCUACAUCAGCAAGAGGAGAUCCGUACUCUCCGCGAUGUCAUUGAGGAUCUCAGAUCAUCUCUUCAAUUGUCAGAUGCUCAGAACUUGGCUCUCCAAGUUCUAUUGAGGAAAAUGGCCAAAGCAGAAAUCCAACUCCCUCUGGCCAGCGAUGACACCUUUCGUUCCCAAAUGAAUGAGAGCGAGAAACAGCUGGAGAACCUGGUCAAAGAGUUGAAGGAAAUGAGUCAGAUCAGGUAUCCACGGCUAUCCACUUCCAAUAAGAUCUCACCCGUUGCCCACAACACUGGCACGGGAACUAGCUCAUCCGGUUCGGUCAAUCCCGAGUCGUUCCUCUUGGAGGAUGAGCUAGACCAGACUAGUCAGGCCUUGGGAGGGGCCCAAAAUGAAUUGAAGGCGGCUCAGCAAGAGCUCCGUCACACUGCCAUCAGGUUACAAGAGAAGGAAUCUGAGCUGAAGGAUAAUUCCAUGGAUUUGAAUGAUGCAUACAAGGCACUGGAGAAGGCUCAGCAGGAGCUGAACAAAAUGCGUCUCGAGUUGGAGGAGGCCCAAGUUCAAGUGGAAGUUACCAAACAUGAGAUGUGUGAAACGCAAGAAGAAUUGCUUUUGACCCGCUGUCAAGUCCGGAAUUCGGAUGCCCAGCUCCGGGACACCGAGAAACGCCUUUCUCAACUCAACCAGAACAGACGGAGUCUCGUUCUGGAGUUGCAAGCCACGCGUGAGUUGCUUGUGUCCAGUCUGAACAAGGUUCAAGAUUUGGAAUUGGAAAACCGCAAAGUUCCCCUUUUAGAGAAGAAAGUGACGCUCCUGGAAAAAACGAGAAAAUCCGAGUCGUCGACCUCCAAUCAACUGAGGUCGAUUCUGACCCACCUACGCCCACUCUCCACCAUGGACAGUGGUUUGUACUCCACAUCGGACAGCGACGAGCAAUGCAGUCCCCGAGCCCAAGACAAAUCCAUAGAUGCCUGUUCCGACGAGGAGUUGCCGGUGCCCGCCCAUUCACCCACCUCUGAUCAAGGACGACCGCCGCGCCCGCCUUCCAGUGUCAAAUUGGGAACCAAAUCAUCUCGAUCGAACACUCCCUUUAGUGACAAAUCCAGUGGGAAACGUCCUCAAACACCGUCCUCUUCCGGGCAUUACAGUGCGGGUUCGCCGUCCUCCAAGAAAUCGCCCUCUCAGUCCACAACGCACAGUCCGGGCAGUUCAGCUGGCUUGAACACGUCGGGAUCGUCCUCCGGAUCAAAUGCGAACGAGACCAUCGGCAAAUUACGGGCCGAAAUCGAGGCCUUGAAGAGGAAGUUCGUGGAUUCGGAAAAGAAUUGGCAAGAGGAGCGGAACGUGCUCUUAGAGGAAAUCAUCCGUCGGCACGACGAGAAAAAUGACAUCUCAACCGAUGUCCAAGUUCUCGAGGCCCAAAGAGUCCGACUCACACUCCUUGAGGAGAAAAUCAAGGAAGUGUUGAACAUGCUUCGAACUCUCAAUUCCAUGAACAUCUCGUCCAAGACCUUGGGUAUGCUCGUUCUCGACUCUGUAGAACGAUCCAUUGACCCUUUAAGUGGAGAAAUCCAAGUGUUCAAGUUCCUCAACCAUCUUUACAACUCUGCCCGUGAUUAUGAGCGUCUUUCUACUGAGAGCCAGAUCCAUAAUGCUCUGAGAGCCGUGGAAGCUCACACCCAGACCUUGGCCGAUAUCGAGGCCGCUCAAAGCUCUCAACGCCAAUUGGCCUUGGAUGCCAAUCAUUAUCAAGUGCCUCGACGGAUCGGUCGAGGGGACCCGUUUGCCACCAUCGACGUGUGAUCGUUUUAGAAGAAGAAUGACAAUGCAAUUGAAAUGUCAACCUAAAUCUUAAUCAAUGUCCAAUGUCUCACUCACUGGAAAUGGAUGUGUUUUAGUGCCAUUCAAGAGAUUAUCGUUUCGCCCAUUGGGCUUGAAUGGAUUUACGAUUUUGAGGGAAAUUAACAGAGGGAAUUCGAUGGAAUCGAAGCGGUGACGAAACGAUACUCUCUGACUCAAACACGUCAUUUAGAAAUUCUUGAUAUAUCUAGUCCGUAAACUCGUGCCAUAUCCCGAUAAUCCCAUAACCAUGAAUAAACCAAAGGUAACCCGUAACCUAGAACUAUUGUUUGGGAGAUUCAGUCCAAUAUGAAGGGCGUGAUCUGUCUAUUUGGGAGGGUUUUGAUUCAAAGUACUGUUUCAGUUUUUCAUUUUUUGACGAGUUAUUGACCAAUGUUGAUCAGAGUUUUUCUUGUA